GAUUGUUGCGUCGGCGGCGCUCAGCCUGCUGGGUUCCGUGUGCGCGAGGGCGAAGUGAGAGAGGCGGUUGGAGGCUCCCGGAGCAGAGAUACAAGAGCUUCAUAAUGACAACCUUCUUGGAGUUCAUUCAACAAAAUGAAGAUAGAGAUGGUGUUAGAUUCAGCUGGAAUGUGUGGCCUUCCAGUCGUCUUGAAGCCACAAGAAUGGUGGUUCCAGUUGCUUCUCUUUUCACACCACUGAAAGAGCGUCCUGAUUUGCCUCCCAUUCAGUACGAGCCAGUUCUCUGCAGUCGCACUACCUGCCGUGCUGUUCUAAAUCCGUUAUGCCAGGUUGAUUAUCGAGCAAAACUAUGGGCUUGCAAUUUUUGUUAUCAGAGAAAUCAGUUUCCUCCUACAUAUGCUGGCAUAUCUGAGAUGAACCAACCUGCAGAACUUCUACCGCAAUUUUCUAGUAUUGAAUAUGUUGUACAGCGUGGACCUCAGAUGCCUUUGAUAUUUCUUUAUGUUGUUGACACUUGUAUGGAAGAUGAAGAUUUGCAAGCUUUGAAAGAAUCUAUGCAAAUGUCAUUAAGUCUCCUACCUCCUACUGCUUUGGUAGGGCUUAUUACUUUUGGGAGAAUGGUGCAAGUUCACGAGCUUGGCUGUGAAGGUAUUUCCAAAAGUUAUGUGUUCAGAGGGACAAAGGAUCUAUCUGCAAAACAACUUCAGGAAAUGCUAGGACUUACAAAAAUCAAUGUAUCACAAGUGAGUCGUGGUCCUCAGGUACAACAGCCACCACCAUCUAACAGAUUCUUACAACCAGUACAGAAAAUAGACAUGAAUCUCACGGAUCUCUUGGGUGAACUGCAACGAGAUCCUUGGCCUGUUCCCCAAGGGAAAAGACCUUUGCGAUCUUCUGGAGUGGCUCUUUCCAUAGCUGUAGGACUGCUAGAGUGUACUUUCCCUAAUACUGGUGCUCGCAUAAUGAUGUUUAUUGGUGGACCGGCUACCCAGGGGCCUGGGAUGGUUGUGGGAGAUGAACUUAAGCUCCCUAUAAGAUCUUGGCAUGACAUUGAAAAAGAUAAUGCCAAAUAUGUUAAAAAAGGUACUAAGCAUUUUGAAGCUCUUGCAAAUCGUGCUGCUACAACAGGUCAUGUUAUUGACAUCUAUGCUUGCGCAUUGGAUCAGACGGGUCUUUUGGAGAUGAAAUGUUGUGCUAACUACACAGGAGGUUACAUGGUAAUGGGAGACUCUUUCAAUACAUCUUUGUUCAAACAAACAUUUCAGCGGGUGUUUACAAAAGAUGCACAAGGGCAAUUCAAAAUGGGAUUCGGAGGUACCUUAGAAAUCAAGACUUCAAGAGAAAUAAAGGUAUCUGGAGCAAUUGGACCCUGUAUAUCUCUCAAUUCAAAGAGCCCUUGUGUAUCAGAAAAUGAAAUAGGAACAGGGGGUACUUGUCAAUGGAAGAUUUGUGGACUUAAUCCCACUACAACUUUAGCUUUGUAUUUUGAGGUGGUUAAUCAGCACAAUGCUCCAAUUCCCCAAGGUGGACGGGGUGCAAUUCAGUUUGUGACUCAAUAUCAACAUUCAAGCGGACAAAAGCGUAUUAGAGUAACCACAAUUGCCAGAAACUGGGCAGAUGCUCAGACACAGAUUCAAAACAUUGCAGCUUCUUUUGACCAGGAAGCAGCUGCUAUCCUUAUGGCAAGAUUAGCAGUCUACAGAGCUGAGACUGAAGAAGGACCUGAUGUGCUUAGGUGGUUGGACAGACAGCUUAUCAGAUUGUGCCAGAAAUUUGGAGAAUAUCAUAAAGAUGACCCAAAUUCCUUCAGAUUUUCAGAAACUUUCUCCCUUUACCCACAGUUUAUGUUCCAUUUAAGAAGAUCUCCUUUCUUACAAGUCUUCAAUAACAGUCCCGAUGAAAGUUCUUAUUAUCGUCAUCACUUCAUGCGUCAAGAUCUGACUCAGUCACUUAUAAUGAUUCAACCAAUUCUUUAUGCCUAUUCUUUUAAUGGACCUCCAGAGCCUGUUCUUUUAGACAGCAGCAGUAUUCUGCCUGAUCGCAUACUUCUCAUGGACACUUUUUUCCAAAUUCUUAUUUAUCAUGGCGAGACUAUAGCUCAGUGGCGCAAAUCAGGCUACCAGGAUAUGCCAGAAUAUGAAAACUUUCGUCAUUUGCUCCAAGCUCCAUUUGAUGAUGCACAAGAAAUUCUUCAUUCAAGAUUUCCAAUGCCACGAUACAUUGAUACUGAACAUGGGGGUAGUCAAGCCCGUUUUCUACUUUCUAAAGUAAAUCCAUCUCAAACACAUAAUAAUAUGUAUGCUUGGGGACAGGAAUCUGGAGCACCAAUUCUUACAGAUGAUGUCAGUCUGCAAGUCUUCAUGGAUCAUUUGAAGAAACUAGCUGUAUCAAGUGCUGCUUGAAAAAAACGUGGAAUUUCAGACACACUGACAAGUUGAAACAUUUUCUCUUUAUUAUUCUUUGUAUGUAAUUGUAAAACUGAAUGCCCAAGCUGCCUAACUACAUCUUACAACAAUGUAAUUUUCAAGAGAGAGUGUUUAUUAUCAAAGGCCUAAGAACAAACAUAGUUUUAAAAAAAUAAAUGAAAUAGGAAUAUUGAGAGAAGACUUUUAGGUUGCCUUAGCCCAUUGAUACUAGCUUUUUAAAAAUAUUCUAAUGGUGGAAAGUAUUCUGGUUUGCACUGCAAAAAUAUGGCAUAAAUCAUGCUUAUUCCUUUUCACUAGCAGAACAAAGAAAUUGAUAAAAUACUACAAAUCCAACUUGGUAAUAUCUGAAAAUAUUUAUUUUCUCUGUUUAGCUAUACAUGGAUGUUUUAGUAGUUUUGUUUUUCACUGUUUGGUAGAUAAAUUGUUUCUAAAUGAAGAAACCAAGCAAACAGAUUGAAAAAAAAAAUGUUAUCCAGUUGUUAUCCAGAUCUUACAUUUUGAUAGUCUUCUAGUGUUCUGUAUCAAUCUUGCUACAAUUAUUCAAACACUAUAAAACUGAGUGGGUUCAAGAAAUGCAAAUUAAUAUUCAAAUGUCUUUGCAGGAGAAUACAGAAAUUGUACUAUAAAUAAAAAAAACAUUGUUAUCUGUUUCCCAAAUAUACUUUCUUGUUAUAAUCAUGUAACAGUAUAAAUUUGUGUGGUUUUGUGCUAUGAUCUCUUUCUGUUUUGCUAUUAAAUUAUAUAGGUAGCAAUUCUUUUCAAAACAGUAUUAUACACUACACGCCAUGAUUGCUACAAAUCUGAUAAUAUUUAACUCUGUUUUUUUAGAAAAUCUAUAUUUACACACAUAUACAUAUCUUUAAUAAAGUUUUUCCAUUUGAAUACAGAUUGGCUUGUUGAAACUAUUUCUAUACUUGAAAAAUGACUUGAUAAAGGAACAAAGAUAUUUUUAAACAUAGAUACCAAGACAUAUCCUGUGGCCUUGCAAGCUAUAUUAUAAUGCAUGAGCUCCUUGACCCUCAAAAGAACUUGAGCCUAAGGAGGAGUUUGACAAUACAUUUCAAGAAACAAUCUCCUUAGCAACCUUGACUUAAGCAUCCUUCAUUUUAACUCUAGCAGAAAGAGGGCAUUUGUAGUUUGAUUGUGAAAGGACAACUUUGCUUGACGGUUCCUCAUUUUAGUUGAUCCUAUAAGAACUGUUAUUUGAGUUUUUUCCCCCCAGAAUGUAAGGGUGCAGGCCCAAGCUAUGCUUUUUACCCUGUUGAAAAGUAGGGUAAAAUGUUUCAAAUAUUAGAUGAAGCAAACUGUGCUUCAUUCUUAUAGGUUGAAGUUAAUAAGUGAAUAUCAAUACUCAAGUUAAUGUAUUGUCAGGUCUUUAAUGAGGGUAAAAAGAGUCUUCGUAAAUCAGCCAAAAAUUCUGUCUAGCUGAGCAUUCGUUUUUCCCAUCUAUGUGAAGUCCAUAAAAACCUGAGAAUGAAUGCAUGGAUCUUAGGAACAACUUCUGUGAUUCCAAUAUCACAAAAAGGAGACUCAUUUUUACUGAUUUAACUACCACAAUUUCUGGAUUACUUUAUACCAGUUUAGGAUGUGAGAUUACUUUUUUUUAGUUAAGUUUUCACAUAAUUUAAACCAAGUUUUAUUUUAAAGGUAGUUUGUUUGAAUGAAUUCCACCUAUUUUAUUGAAAUCCCAAAAAUACUUUUUUCAUGAGGCAACUGGACUUUCUUGUGAAUUGUUUAUGGAAACAAUUUACACUUUUGCAGUUGGGUUAUGAAUAUUGGCAUAUUUUAUUUAUGGUUUGUAUCUGAAUCCAGAAUCCUCUCCUGUUCCUGGUUUUCUAUCCCCAACACACCUUUUGCUAAUUCACAGAUAUAUACAGUAAAGUUUAUCCACAAAACAUAGGCAAAAAAGCCCCUUAUCUAACAUAAAAUACUACGAAUAUGCAUGCAAAUUUGCGAUUCUUUGGUUAGGAUCUUUGAGAUGUCAUCAGUAACAACAAUUGAUAGCAAUCAUACUAAACCCACAAUCAUUUUGCUGAUAUAGAUUCUGGUUUGUUGAAUAAAGUAUAUUUAAGAUAA